AAUCCCAGUAGAUCUGCAGUUUCUGAAAUACUCAGACCAGCCUGUCUGACAACAACAACCAUCAAAGUCACUUAAAUCAACUUAUUAUGAAUCGAUAUUUGAACAGCAGCAGAUUGUCUUGACCAUGUUGUCUAAAUGCAUUGAGUUGCUGGCAUGUGAUUGGCUGAUUAGCAAUUAGUGUCACUAAGCAGUUAGACAGCUGUGGCUAAUAAAGGGGUCAGUUAGUGUAUAUAUGUAGUUUUCUUUAAAGUGUAUUUUUAUUGUUAUUUACUCUCUAUUUUCCUCAUACGUGAUAUUUGAAACAAAUUACCGUGUACCUAAUGUAUUUUUAAAAACAAUUUAGUCUGAAAGAUUUAGCAAUAGAUGAACAAUAGAGGAAAUAUGAAUAAACAAAAAUUAAAUCAAUUUUACAUGGCAAAACUACAUUUUGAUCAACCUAAAUUAACCAAGACAUGCUAAUUAUGGAAACUUGAAUUAAAAUGUACAGACGGUCACUAAAACAGAGAGAGUAAGAGGUCAAAACCAGUAGCUAUAAGCACAUUUUUACCUCAAAGACAGACUGAAACAUUUACAGGUGCAUACCAGGCUUGAAACAUAUUUCAUGCAACUUUAGUUAAAUACUAUGAAACCCCCUUACACAGACGGCAUAAAGUUCAGCACAGGAGGAUCAAACUCGUCCUCCUUUACAGCAGCAGUUAAUCAUUUUGAAAUAUCUUUGUAGUCAUGACCACAUUUUCUUUUGCAUCUUCAAUUUCGCCCAAAGUUUUACUGUCUAAAAGAACUCCUUCAAACUAAGGAUUGAACUUUAGUGAUGAUACAGUUGGUACAGGGGACUGUCAGUAAACUCAUCAUCUAUUAUCUGGAAACUGUUGACUUGUGUCUUUUUAAGUCUUCAUUUUUUUUCUUAGAAUUAGUGCAGUCAGUUCUACACAGGAAGUAUCAGAUCAGCUCAGCCCCUGUUGCUCAUCUCUUAGUUUAACAACCUCUCAUGCAAAGUGUAAGCAGCACCUCGCCCACAGUAGAGGAAGUGGGGUUCUUACCAGAGUCGAUCUUUCCCAACAACAAGCUGUCGCCCAUCUGUGAAACUUCUGCAUUCUUUUCUCCAGUCUUCUCAUUUUCAGCUCACUUGCAGCUGAUUCCAACAUGAGUCCACUGAAACUGACUCUGAAGUGGUUUGGUAGGUUCAACUCUUUUUGGCGCUCCAGUGACAAAUCCCCCUCCAAGUCCAGCUCUGGAGCAGGGGGUUUCCCUGACCAUGGGAGUGAGCACGGGGCUUCGGAAAGAGUGGUGCAGGAUGACAUGGAGGCCACGCGUCCUCGCACCGCCAGCUACGUCCGCUCCUCUGAGGGCUACACCCACAUGUGCACGCUGCCCCGGCUGCUGGGUAACAAGAAGGAAAAGGGGGAUAAAGGAGAUUCCAAAAAGAGUAGAGAAAAAAGCAACAACCAGAACAAAAGCCAGAAGUCCUCAGGAGACCAGAGCUGUCCUCCUUCAACACCCACAGGAGUGCCGUCCAGAGUGGAUGAGGAUGAAAUAUCCACUCCAGACAGGAUGGAGCUCAACCUGGAACCCCCACUUACCUCUAAAAUACAGUUUGAGCCUGCAGGUGAAAGUAAGGACCACAGCAAUUCACCUGCACCACUUCUCAGUGAAGAUCUGCCGCCCCCUAGUGGUCUGAACGAUACAGUCCAAUCAGAGGAAGAAGUUGCUGAAUCCAAUGAUGAGACUUCAGCAGCUCUCCUGGACCAGGAAAUUCAAGAAGAUGGAUGCUCAGAAGCCACGCCCCCUUCCACUCCAAAGGAAGAAGGUGGAUUGUCAGAAGCCACGCCCCCUUAUAUUCCUAAAAAAGAAGGUGGAUUGUCAGAAGCCACGCCCCCUUAUAUUCCUAAAGAAGAAGGUGGAUUGUCAGAAGCCACACCCCCUUACACUCCAAAGGAAGAAAGUGGAUGCUCACAAACAACGCCCCCUUCUAUUCCAAAGAAAGGAGGAUGCUCAGAAGCCACACCCCCUUAUACUCCAAAGAAAGUAAGUGGAUGCUCAGAAGCCACGCCUCCUUCUACUUCAAAGGAAGAGGACAGUAAAGAAGAGAAGAAAGAGCAACAAAACUCAACAAACCUGUCCAGGUGAUUUUCACUAUUUUAUUCAACUUUUUUUUUUUUUUACCAAAACAAUGUUUUACUGAAUCUAAUUGUUUCACAUAUGCAUUUCCUUUUAUCAUGGCUGAAGGUUAAUUUACUCAGAAAUAUUCAAGUGAAUUCACUAUAUUUAAUAAAUGUAUUAUAAAGGAUCUAUUCACAGCUGGUGGUGCUACAUAGAAAUUUAAAUUUAAAUUAUUUUACAAAAUUCAUAAUUAAUUAUUGAAAACAUAAUCAAAACUUCUUUCUAUUCAGCAUGUGGGGCACCAAUAAAUGUUUUUACUUCAAGUCAAUGUACAAUAACAGUUCUAAUUAAAGCAUUUAUAAGCCUUUAGUAAAUGACAGUUCGAUUUAAUCUGGUUUAUUGCAUUAAAUUUUAAUUAUUGCACCAAAUCCAAUGGUUUCUCACAAUCAAAUACUAAAAUUCAAGGUUUUAUCCUUUAUAAAACGAAUAAAUCAACAUUUUGCAUCAAAUCUUCACUGUAAUUCAGUCUCUGAAAUAUGUAUGAGGCAGACGGAGGAGAGAAAUAGCUAAAGUUUUUUGUCCAGAAACUAUAAUUUUACUUAUUUUUAUAUUAUAACACUAAAAUUUCAAACAUGGAGUUGGGCCUGAGUGACAGCUUUCAGAAGCUGUAACUAUAAUAAUUUUGAUAGAUUAUAGCAUAAAGAAAUAAUUGAUAAAAAAAGACAAUUGAGAGUCAUAUCUUUACAAUAAUGGAUGAAAAUUUGAAUUGUUUAAAAACUCUUGUUUCAUCUAAUGAUAUAAUACUGUCUUGAUCGGCUCCACAUACCUGGAUCUUCACUCUGAAAGCACAGAGGACAAAUAACAAAUGUUUGCCUUAUUUUCCAUAAUAACCUCCUCUU